GGCGCUGUGCCCGACAGACCCACGUUUGGGGCAGAAGCUGCGUCCAGGUUUUGGUGCGUGGCCCGCUCUGGGACCGUGUGGGAUCAACCCAUCACUUCUCCAGGCUCUUGGCCAGCGCCAGCACACCCGUGGCACAUCCUCGAAGCUCAAAGCUUCUCCACGAGCUUCUGGAGGUGCUUCUGCAUCAUUCCUCGGAGAAAAUGCGUGGUGCUCUUGCUCCAUGGGCACCCUUUGCUCAGCACAGAGGGCUAAAAUUCAGGGUGACAGUGCCACCAAGGUGCCGUGGCACAUCCGCAUCUGUCUGAGGCCACAGGAGGUUAAUUAGUUAAUUCAUUUCAGUUUGCAAAUUAAGCACUCGGUGCCACUUUUAUAAGGAAGUAGUGGCAUGAGGUGGAGAAGGGGAGGCAAGAGGAGCUUUGGGUGCCUGUGUGGGGAGCUUGGCGUGCUCCCCGGCCCAGCCACAGAUUCUCAUGUGACUUGUUCAUUUCAUUAAUCAUUCCCCCAGCCAGUCUUCCUUAAUUAAAGGGUGAGAUUGAGGGAGAAGGACUUGUUCCAUGCUGCUUCCUGAAGGUCCCAGCGCUGGGCUUUUGUGCUUAGCCGGGGCUUUCAGUUCCUCUGUGCACGAAGCACGCACAGGGCAGGAUUUCCACAGGAUGAGCUGACCGGCCAGGCAGGAUUUCAAAGCCGAGGGCUCUUCCACCGGUUUCCUCGUAGCCUGCAGCUUGCCCUUGCUUCUUUUCAGCCUCUCGUGUGCUUGAGCACAAGGACAGCCGGAAGACGUGCCUGCCACUAUGAAAAUGCUCCAGCAAUUGGCUGUGGUGGUUAUGUGCACAAAUGAGAAUGAAAAUUCCUGCUUCCCCAAAAUUGUCCCGGUGGCAGAGAUGUCCAUGGCAUCUCAUACACUUAUCAUAUGCUCAUCAUACACCUGCACACAUUCACAUCAUACAUUUUAAAUCAGCCCGGCCACAAAUCCAAAAGGCUCAGAGCUGAAGCGCUUAAAAUACGGUCACCGAGGAAAUCAAGGAGAAAUUCACGUUUAGAAAAUACGUGUUAUUAAUUAGAAAGCGUUUAUGAGUUUUGUAACGAGUGCUUUGUAGCUGCAGGAAAAGGAGCUGGUUAAGAGUUUUUGUACUGAAAUUAGGGGAGAUUUUUAUUUUUUUCUCCCGGAGAGGUAUUGCUGGGGCAGCACGAACACCGUUACAGAGCGAGGCCUGCCAGGGAGCAGCAUUUGUUCAGGGUAGAAAGCCAGCACCUCAAGGAGCAGCUCUUCCACGCCAAAAAAUACAGGGUCUUUUGGUCCCUUAACGUUAGCAUGGGCUCAAAAUCUCUGCUUAUUACUGACUCAGAAGCACAUUACAAAUUGAAGGCACCUACCUGGGGUGUAUCCAGGCUGUGCUGGCCCCAGGUGCGUGCGAUAAGCAUUACUGCCUCCGCACAGUGCCAGGUGAGGGCUUUGCCCCUGAUGCUGGCAGCGGGGUGAUAAGGGCUGUGGUGGAGCUUUUUCCCUUUCUGCUGGGUGGCAGGGGGGCGUUUCGGCAUAGCCAGGCUGUGUAGCAGGGGCUGGGGCUCCUGCAGGGCUUGGCUCCAGCUUGUAGUGUCUGCUGGGCUUCACAGCUGCUUCCUGAGGGGCGCAGGGCUGCUGAGCACCCCCAAUUUUGUGUGCUUUUGGGGUCUUUGCUGAAUUACCACAGUGAUGGUGCAGAGGAGAGGGCCCAGGCUGCUGCCUGUCCCAGGGGAACGGGCUCCAGUGUUAAAUUUUUGGGGGCCCCCACAGCACUGUACGCCCGUAGGGGUGAGCGCACAGAGCCAGCCGUGCGGCUGGUACAGCUCCCCGGCUGCUCUAGAGGGAGCAAUUCUCCCUGCAACCCGCGCUCAGAGGCGGAAAAAGAACAACAACAACCAAAACCUCCGCUGCCUGCAGCUCCAGCCCUUAAACCCCGGCGGCCUGCAGCUCCAAAAACCCUCGCGUGCUGCCUGCGAAGGGUGCAGCACAUCCUCCUGGCAGCCUUCCCGGCCUCGCCGUGCUGAGUGGCGCCUGCUCGGUGGCCGAGCAACAUCGCCCAUGGCUGCGUGGCCUGCCCGGGCCCGGGGAGAGGCCGAGGGAAGCUGAGGGCACCUCUGGUGCCGUGAGUGAGGGCAAAGUCCUCCCCGAGGCCGAGCGGUGGAGGCAGGAGGGUUUGGGCGGCACGGGACGAGGUCUGGCGGCUGGCAGCAUGGCCACGCAGAUGUUUGAGGGGAGGGGGCAUGCGGCGGUCUACCAGAAAUACCGCUUCAGCCCCGGCGAGGAGCUGCAGGGAGCCAUCCUCGGCUACCUGAGGGAGAAGGGCACAAACCCCACGGAGCUGGCUGUGGACGUGGGCUGCGGCUCGGGGCAAGGCACCCUGUUCCUGGCCGAGCGCUUCGGGAAGGUGGUGGGCACGGACAUCAGCCAGGCGCAGAUCCAGGAGGCCAAGGCUGCCCCCUCGCCUCCCAACGUCUCCUACCUUGUGUGCCCUGCGGAGGAGCUGCCCUUCGAGGACGCCUCGGUCGACCUCCUCGCUUCGUUCACGGCCGCGCACUGGUUCGACAUCGAGAAGUUCAUGAGAGAAGUGAGCCGCGUGGUGAGGCCGGGCGGCUGCGUGGCCAUCAGCACCUACACCGUGGACAUGAGCCUGCACUACGGAACCUGCUCCGAGAAGCUGACCCAGAUCUUCAGGGAGACCUGGGGGCAGCUCUUAAAAUACUCACAUAACAGAGUAAAACACGUCCUGGAAGACUACAAAGAGAUAUUCGAGGCCUUGCCAUUUCCAGACAAGAAGAGAAUCACUGACAUCUACGACAAAAUUCCCAUGACGGUCGCUGGUGUGGUUGGGUACUUAGAGUCCGCCUCUCCCUACCAAGUCUUCCUGAAGAACGACCCCGAAGCUGCAAAAACCCUCCUCCCGGAGAUGGAAAAGAGGUUGCUGGAGGUGAUGGGGGUCCCCUCGCCCGAAACCCCCCUGGAGUUCUGGGUGAGGCACGUCUGCAUACUGGGGCACAAGGAAGCGUGAGAGCAAAAGCCUCUGGUGCUGGAAGGGGAGGAAAAGGAGGAUUUCCUAACACCCUGCUCUUACUCCCUGGGAAAAUUGGAUAUUUGGGUGAUUAAAGCCUUAAAAAUCCUUAACCUUCUGUGGAAAGCAGAUGGGGGUUGAAUGCAAGACCCUGUCUGUGCUGCAGUCCUGGUUCUGCCCAGCGCUGCUCCGUUGGUGCUGGGAGGGUCCCAUGUGGCCGACGUUCCUUAGACAAUUAAAAUAAAUAAAAUAAAGUUC